AUGGACGCACCUAGCCCCCGAACCGGCAGCUGGGUUGCCUCCGCUCCAUCAUCAAAAGAUUUGUCCAAGCCAGGUGAUAGGGUGGAGUUUGUGCCAGAGGAGGAGGACGUUGAGUCAGAUGAAGCCCUGUGGGACCUGUAUGAGCGCUGGUGUAAGGCUUUUAACCAGAAGCGUGAGCCUGAUGAGAUGGCUUGCCGGUUCAACAAGUUCAAGAACAGGGUGCUGCGUGUCCACAGUAUCAACAAUGCUAAUCAGUCAAUCAAGUUGGGACUAACCAAGUUCUCUGAUGGAAAGCUAGCGGAGAUGCGUGCCAAUCGUGAUCCGCUUGAUUGCAUGCUUGCAGAGAAGUUUCCAAAUUCAUCUCUUCUUUGGAAAGAUCUACCUGAGGGGCGUGAGCUGUUAGUCCCAAAUGAUGAUUUCAUCAAGCGCCGCUGGAUCCCAUACCUCCCCUGA